AUGACUGUCACUUACUCCAGUAAAGUAGCAAAUGCAACUUUUUUUGGAUUUCAUAGGUUACUGCUCAAGUGGAGAGGCAGCAUCUACAAACUAUUGUACAGGGAAUUUAUUGUUUUUGCUGUACUUUACACAGCAAUAAGUUUGAUGUACAGAUUGUUACUUACAGGAGCCCAAAAACGUUUCUUUGAAAAAUUAUCAAUUUACUGUGACAGAUAUGCUGAACAAAUUCCAGUAACCUUUGUGCUUGGCUUUUAUGUUACUCUAGUAGUGAAUCGAUGGUGGAACCAGUUUGUGAAUCUGCCCUGGCCAGACAGGCUGAUGUUUCUCAUCUCCAGCACUGUUCAUGGAAGUGACGAGCAUGGGCGCCUGCUCAGGAGGACGCUGAUGCGCUAUGUCAAUCUCACCUCCCUGCUCAUUUUCCGCUCAGUGAGCACAGCUGUGUACAAAAGAUUUCCGACGAUGGACCACGUGGUUGAAGCAGGUUUUAUGACAGCAGAGGAAAGAAAAUUAUUCGACCACCUCAAAUCUCCUCAUCUGAAAUACUGGGUUCCAUUCAUCUGGUUUGGAAAUCUUGCAGCUAAAGCCCGGAAGGAAGGUAGAAUCAGAGACAGUGUUGAUCUUCAAUCACUGAUGACUGAAAUGAACCGAUUUCGCUCCUGGUGCAGCCUCUUAUUUGGUUACGACUGGGUUGGGAUUCCGCUGGUUUACACCCAGGUGGUCACGCUGGCCGUCUACACCUUCUUCUUUGCCUGCCUGAUCGGACGCCAGUUUUUGGAUCCCACCAAAGGCUAUGUGGGGCAUGACUUAGAUCUUUACAUUCCAAUCUUCACUCUCCUACAAUUCUUCUUCUAUGCAGGAUGGCUCAAGGUAGCUGAGCAGCUUAUCAAUCCUUUUGGAGAAGAUGACGAUGAUUUUGAAACUAACUGGUGCAUUGACAGAAAUCUGCAGGUCUCUCUUUUGGCUGUGGAUGAAAUGCACAUGAGCUUACCCAAGAUGAAGAAGGAUAUUUACUGGGAUGACUCCGCCGCUCGUCCACCAUACACACUGGCGGCUGCCGACUACUGCAUACCCUCAUUUCUGGGGUCAACUGUCCAAAUGGGGCUGUCUGGGUCCGACCUGCCGGGUGACGAGUGGCUGUGGGAUUUUGAGAAGCACGGUCAUCGCCGUUCGGUGAUUAGAAGAGUCAAGAGGUUCCUGAGCGCUCAUGAACACGCCUCAAGCCCCAGGAGGAGAAGCUACGGGAGGCAGGCCAGCGACAGCUCCAUGUUCUUCCCCCCGAGCGGCCUCAGCCCAACCAGGGAUCUGCUGGAUGUGCCUCCAAGAAGCCCUCACCGUGCCUCAGCCGCUGGGAAGCACCCCCAGUCUCCAAAGGGAAGCCCCAAGCUGCGCUCCAGCCUGGGAGAGCUGUCCACCAUCCGAGAGACCAGCCUGAGUCCACAGUCCAGCGUGAGGGGCUCCCCCACCAAAAUGCCGCAGGUCCCCGAGGUACUGGUCACAGCCACCGAAGCACCAGGGCCUGCGGCAGAGCAUGACCACCACGACUCCACGGCCUCCAUCCAGAGCUCCGACUUCACCGGGGUUCAGCCCAGCAGGCCUGGGCAGCAGGAGGACCCUGUGGGGUCAGUCCCGUUCUCCUUCAAGAAAGGGGUGCCUCCUAGGGACCCUCGUUCCCAGACUGUUCCAGCCAAAGCUGAGGAAAACAGCCUCAAGUCUGCCUCUGAGGAGGACCCUCGUGAGAAGGACAAGUCCCCCCAAAAGUGGAGGCUCCUGGACUCCAGCCGCACCUCCCUGGCAGGCCUGAGUCUGGAUCCCAUGAACCCUGAGCCACUUCCUUUACUGGACCCAGAAACAUCCUCAGAGACCAGUGGAAUCACCUUUGCGGCUGGUUCUCGAGUCUCUCCUGAUGUGCUGUAUUUAAUAGAAGACCUAGAUACGAAAGAAACGGAUAUUGUAGAGUUCAACAAUGAGCAGAAGGAGGAGUCUCCCAAGGGAAGGCCAGAACAUUCUAGGACCUGGUUCUAGCCCAAAUUCUUACUUCCCCAAAAGUUCAAGCAGUAGUUCCAGAACAUACCUGGGUGCUGGUCAAUUUUUUUUGAAAUGAUCAUACUGUGUAAGCUACUUAAAACUUUGAAGGGCAUUACGAUACUGACAUUAUGGGAAGAUCAAACACAUUCAUGCUAUCUACCACAAAGUGACUUUCACGGAAGUUACACAGACCACAGUGAUGUACCUUAAACAAAUAAGGAAUCAUAUCAAUUCAUAGAUUGUUAUCAAUUAUAAAUUCAUAGAUUGCCUUAUAAAUUCAUAGAUUGUUAAACUGUGAAAAAGGCUUUAUACAUCCCAGUCCGAUCCCCUAGUUUUGCCAAAAGGGAGACGAAUGAUUCUCUCUUCCCCCUUUUUCCCCCUUUCUUCUUUUCUUCAGUUAGAAGAAAGUCAUAAAGACAGGGAGAUGGAUCAUAUGAUGCCUCAAAGGCCCCUUGCUACUGCUGAUUUCCCUGUGUGAGGCUUUCUAACCAUCUUACUCUGCUUUCUAUAACUAUCAUCAUUUCCUAAUUCUUAAGUUUCAUCAGCAUCAGAAAGCUCCAUCUCCCUUCAAUUUUCUUUUCAAUUUUCAGGACUUUAUUUUCCUCUUAUCUGCCUUUUAUUUCCUCAUCCUUUUAUCCUUCUCAUCCCCCUAGUCUUUCUCCCAGAGAAGGCAAUGGCACCCCACUACAGUACUCUUGCCUGGAAAAUCCCAUGG